AUGAGUAGUCUUAUCUCUUUUCUUCCUCCCAAGAGUCAUCUGGGGAACGUGUUAGUGGACAUGAAGCUUAUCGACGCCAAGGACACGCUGCCUGUGGGCUUCAUCCCAGUUCAGGAGACGGUGGACACACAGGAGGUGGCUUUUAGAAAGAAGAGGCUGUGCAUUAAGUUUAUCCCCCGGGAUUCCACGGAAGCUGCCAUUUGUGAUAUUCGGAUCAUGGGCCGGACCAAGCAGGCGCCUCCUCAGUACACAUUCAUUGGGGAACUGAACAGCAUGGGGAUCUGGUAUCGAAUGGGCAGAGUGCCAAGAAAUCACGAUUCCUCUCAACCCACCACGCCUUCACAAUCAUUAGCUGCUUCCACCCCAGCACCCAACCUGCCCAGGCACAUCUCUCUAACACUGCCCGCCACCUUCCGAGGCAGGAACAGCACCCGGACAGACUAUGAGUACCAGCACUCCAAUUUGUAUGCCAUAUCAGGUAUGUGAAGCCACUGCUGCAAGCUGGCUGCGGGGCCUGUGUUCUGGCAUCACCUCCUCCGUGCUGUCUUCCAGCCACCUCAUCUAUCUCACCUCUCUUGUUCUCUGCAAGAGGCCUGGUCCCAUCCCUGCAGGGGCCACCUUCUCUUUCCUUUGUGUUACCACAGUACUUAGAGAAA